AUGACCAAGGCAAGGGCUCAACGAGGUAUUAAGGCCGAGCCUGGUGCUCUCAACCCCGGCAAUACCUCUCCUACGCCUACUCUGGCUCACACCGUCGCCGGCUCCCCUCCCCAGCGCAGAUCGCGAAACUCCAUUGCGCCAGGAGACGACAGCCAGACUUUUAUGAGGUCCGACGCUCCUACACCUUCCGUCAUGGCCAAGACCCUAGCCACUCGCUCUGUGCGGACAGCUAUGACGAACCCCACUGUCGAUGACAGCGAAGCUCCUGUCCUGAUGCAGGUUAGGAACCUCGACAUGGAGCCGCCCGCCGGCGCAACUCAGAACGAUUCAUCGAUUUUUGAUGGCUCCUUCCGCGACAUUGGCGCCAAGCUGAAGGUGUUUAACGAUACGCUCGGUGAGCUUCAGCAGCUUGGCGUCUCUCACGACGUUCCGCUACCUCAGCUGGUCUUGGUCGGUGAUCAAUCGGCCGGCAAGUCCAGCCUCAUGUCCGGCCUGGCCGGCCUCAAUCUGCCGCGGAGCGACGGCGUCUGUACCCGUUGUCCCAUCCAUAUCCGUGUUUCUCGCAGCCUGGCGAGGGACCGUGGCGGCCCUGAGUGGUCUUGCCGCGUCUCCCUGCAGCAGGACUUCGCUUUCCAGCCCCCUGCCGGCUACGAGAUCACCAAGGACGAUGUCACGCCCGAAAACCCCUUUCCACCGUGGGUCAAGCAGCCACGCGUUGUCAAGGAAUUCAUGACUAUCUACGACCAGUCUGACAUUGACACCGUUCUUCGAUGGGCUCAAGUCGCUAUCUUGAAUCACGACCAGAAUCAUGAGUUGUACAUCCCCGGCACAGGCGCCAUCACCAAGCAAAGGUUGUUAGACGAAGAGGCGGAGCACACCGCCGCCAAAUUCAGCCCCAACACCGUCGCCCUCGAGAUCAGGGGGCCUGACCUGCCUGAUCUUUCAUUCUUCGACAUGCCUGGCAUCUUCCGCAACUCGGCCCGAGAGGAGGACGAGUAUCUCGUUUCUGUCGUGGAGAAUCUCGCUCGGGAGUAUAUCUCACAUGAGGGCGCUCUCAUCAUUUGGGCUGUUCCGAUGAAUGUCGAUGCCGAGACCUCCUCCACCCUGUCCAUCAUUCGCAACCUCAAGGCGCAGCAGCGCACAAUUGGUGUCAUGACCAAGGCGGACCUUCUCCCCGAGGGGAACUACGCGCAGUGGCUUUCCAUGUUGGAUGGACAACGUCACAGAAUUGGUCAUGAGUUCUUCAUCACCUCCCGCCCGUCAGAUCGGAAACUUGAGGAUCAGCAGCGUUGGGAGGAAGCAUACUUCCACGACGGCGCUAGUGAACGUUGGCCGGAGGAAUUUCACCGCUUCCGUGAGAGGUGUGGAGUUGAGAAACUCAAGGCUGCUCUUUCGGAGAAGCUUGGAAAGGAGUUUGCCAAGAACCUGCCAUCGAUCAAGCACAAGGUCGUUACACGACUUCAAGAGAUCGAGGCUGAAUUGAGCACCCUCCCGGAGCUGCCUAACAAUGUCGAGUUGGAAGUCAGAAAGAGCCUGAUGGCCUUCUCUAAUGCCGUCAAGGAUACGCUUCGUGGCAGAGACUUCUCCGCUAACUACGGAGCCCUGUCCGAUGCAUUCCGGGAUUGCAUUCUACAUAUGAAGCCGAAGUUCAUCCUCAAGGACAGGUCCGACAUCCCGGUCUUGGAGAUUUCAGACGAUGAGGACGAUGCCGCCGGCGUUGCGACCCCGGGAAACCGAAAGCGUGGUGCUCAGACACAAGGUAGCGCCAGUGUGAAGAGAUCUCGACCUACAGUCAACGGUGGUUCCUUCUCCGUCGCCGUCAAGACAGAGGACAACGGCUCGACUCCAUCGACGCCGACUCAUCGGCGCCCUGUCCCCCCAUCCCCCUUGGCACCACCAUUCCAACAGUAUGUCAAGUACGGCGCUGGUUUCCGCACUCUUCGCAAGAUCAACGAAGAUAUCAGGGCCAAGACCAAAGCCGGAAUGCCCAGCAUCGUGCCGGAUGAGGUGUACGAGGACCUGUGCAAGGAGGCUGUGAAGGCUUGGAACCAGCCUAUGGCAACCUUCCUGCAGGAGACUAUGACUCGACUGCAGAAGAUUGUCGACUACGUGUUGGAUCAAGCUUUCGGGUCGCUGAAGAAACGCCUCAUCUUUAAGGAGUCAAGGAAUUACAUGAACCAAUUCCUGGAGGAGCGCCGUGCCGAGGCUCUGGCAUUCUUGGAGGACGUGUACCGCAUGGAGACGUUUCAGUUGUUCACCGUCAACAAGAAGGCAUUCGAGGAGUAUGAGCGUGCAGAGAGCCGGAUGCUUACGCGGUACCGCCAUGUUAUGCGCUGGCAGGCGUUCUCCGGAGAGCACUCAGACUUCCAUGACUGGGAGAAAAUGACUCCGGAUCAGCGCAACCAGGAGGAGAAGAAGCACAACGUCGAGCUGGCGAAGAUGGGCCCGGAUGCUUUCGACAAGGAGUUGAAGGUCGCGGCAUAUGUUCGCGGCUACUACAUUGUUUCUGCCCUUCGUUUCGCCGACACGGUUUGUCUUUCAGUCACAUCUCGGAUGAUGCCGAAGAUCGUUCAGGAGCUCGACUUUUUCCUGGAGCGUCAGCUUGGUCUGGUCGGCCCCAAUGACGGAACUGUGUUCUCGCGUCUGAUGGAAGAAGAUGAUGCCACCGCGAGAAAGAGGGAGAGAUUGAGAGGCGAGCUCGAGAAGUUCAAGAAGGCCUUGCAGUCGAUAACCAACAAUGAGCUGGAUGUCGUCGCUGGACCGUCUUCGCAGGAAACGCCCUACGACUCGUACGAGGAGUCGGUGGCUGACAACAUGGAGGUGGAUGACUCGAUCUGA